UCAAAAGCCUCCAAAACCCCCAUCACUACGCAGUGAAAGUGUUUGUUAUGUCACCAGCGGCCCUGCGCAGCAGUCGCGCGCAGACUGCCAUGCCGCGCGCACGCUGACAUGUCACCAAACAUGCCGAAUAUGAUCGCGAUCUUAGUGCUACUGUGUAGUGCCUUUGCGGCGGAGCUGAAAGAAAACCCUAGGGAAGAACGACUAAGAAGCGCCUUAAUAGACGCUUUCCAGAAUAUAAAAGGAGCUAAACUCCCCGAGGGAAACUCGGAUUUAAUCGGAUCAGUGCUCACGAAAUCUUCGACAACUGAAGAUUCUUUCGAUUUAUUCGCGGACGAUGACGGUCUGACGUUCGCAGAAGCUUUCGAGCAACCUAAAACGUCCAGCACCGAAAAGUCGCACUACGUCCAGCAUAUAAUAAAGAGCGCGAGAGAGAAAACUACGUCGAAACCGAAAGAUGUUUUAACGAAAUUGAGCGAUUCCAUACGAAAUACGGUGAACGAAAGCAGAGCUUUAAGGAGUAACUCCUCAAUCGUUGGUAUUGAAGAGAUGCUGAGGGUUUUCGAUGCCGAUAUAUUAGUGAGUCAGUGGGAUGAGCUGCAAAAGAUGGUGAACGGAAGCUGCCUUGAGGACAUGCAGGAAUACAUCGAGGGACUAAGGGAGAAGAGCCUUUGGGCCCUGAAAAUGGAGGACGCAAGCGGCCGCUAUACUGCCAUGUUCUACUGGGGGAACAACUACUGGACUGGCUCCGCGGAGCUCUGCCAUGUCCUCAACGAACGACACGCCGUGUCCAAACACAGGAACAAGAGCGGUUCGCAGAUCUUCGCAGACUGGCGCGAGGACGUCUCCAUGACUGGUCUUGGGCCUCCCUUCGACGCGGCCUUCUACAACGUGCGGCUCUCGGCCUCGUCUGACGACCCUGAUAUUAUCAAAACUCGCCGAACCGUACACCUAGGGCUCUGUCUACCGGCCUCGUGCACUCGCGAGGCCGUAGGCGCCCUGGUGCAGGCCUCGCGGGCCCCGCUGCUCAAAUUCAAGGUCACAGCGGUGCGCUCUCCCGACCAUGGCGGCUAUAAUUUUCUGGAAGAUAAGACUUUUCAGGUUUUAUUCGGCGUUACCUGCGUACUGGCACUCGUGCUGAUCUCCGCGACGGCGUACGACAUGAAGUUGGCGCGCGCCGUGCGCCGGCGCCGCCGCCGCGCCGCCAACAUGGCCGCCGAGGGGGACGUCAGGCUCGACCUGAACCCGCAGCACGCUAUCAACGUCGCCAAAGGUAAAUCGAUGUACAACGUGAACAACAACAUUACGAUCAACACGAACAACUCAGAGGAACACCUCACGUCUGAGACAUCGUCCACACAGGAGGAUCAACUCAAACUCAGCGUCUGGUCUGAACUGCUGCUUUCAUUCUCGAUGAAGGCCAACAUCCUGCAGAUCUUCGACCAGUCUGUCGGCUCGGACACUGUCCCCGUGGUCCAUGGUCUACGGUCACUCUCCAUGGUGUGGGUCAUCUUUGGACACACCUGCAUCGUUGUAUUCAAGUACGCGGACAACACGGCGCUGCGAGCGAUCCUGGAGAAGAGCUUCUGGUUCCAGCUCAUCAUCAGCGCCGUGUACAGCGUAGAUACGUUCUUCUGUCUCGGUGGCAUGCUGGUUUCAUUCCUCUACUUCCGGACCAACGCGAAGGGCAAACUCGACGUGCUAACCAAGGGUAGGAGGAAGAUCACCUCUGGACUGCUACAAUUCUUUGGCCUCAUGGGAUACAGAUUCGCCAGACUGACAACCCCCUAUCUCUUCAUGCUCGGCGUUGUGGAGGUGACGAUGAAAUGGUUCGCGCACAACGCCGUCUUCGAGCCCCCGGCGAUGGACCACGAGACUUGCCCCAAGUACUGGUGGAGGAAUCUGCUGUAUAUCAACACCCUGUUCCCCGUUGACCAGAUGUGUAUGUUAUGGAGUUGGUACCUGUCCGAUGACACCCAGUUUUACGCUGUCAGCGCUAUUCUGCUCAUCCUAGCCACCAGCCACUUCAAACUCUCCGCGGCCCUGACCUUCGUCUUCUUCAUAUCCUCGCUCCUGACGACCGGCUACGUGUCCUGGAGCAACGACCACAUCCCCUCCAACGAGGAUCCCUUCACGCAGUUCGAUAAGAUAUACGACAAGCCGUGGACCAGGCUCGGCCCGUAUCUGGUCGGCAUGGCCGUUGGCUGGAUACUGUUCAAGACCAAUCUGAAGAUUAAGAUGAGCAGGGUGUGGGCGUGGGUGGGCUGGGUGAUCUGCACAGCGACCUUCCUCUUCCUGAUCUUCGGCCUUUACAAGACGGAGCUGAGCGUGGCCACUGCGGCAGUAUACAGCGCCGUAUCCCAUUCUCUAUGGGCAGCUUGCGUUGGCUGGGUCAUCAUAGCCUGUUCCUCAGGCCAUGGAGGCUGGGUGGAACCACUGCUCUCGGCGCCAGUCCUCUACCCGUUCUCCAGAGUAACGUACUGCGCCUACUUGGUGCAUCCCGUCGUACUUCGAUACGUGGCCAUGCACCUCACGCACCCUAUACACCUGGGGGAACUGCUCGUGUUCGUGCUAUUCCUGGGGCUGACUGUGAUAUCAUACUUUCUGGCGUUCGUGAUAUCCGUGGCAUUCGAGGCGCCCAUAGUGACCAUGCUCAAGAUCCUGUCUCCACAGCGCAAGCCACACCGUGUUUGAAGGCCUUAGGCCUCGAUAAUACUAUAUCUGAAAGAACUGCAUCGAGUCUAAAAGUCUUAGGCCUCAUCAAAUAUCUUAGACUCAGUUGCACUGUGUCUUUAAGUCUAGGGCUCAGUAACAUCGCAUCGUGUUUAAAAGUGUUAGGCUUAAGCUACAGUGUUUAAACGUCUUAGUCCUCAGUCACACCGUGUAUGAAGGUCUCAAGUCUCUGUCAUGGUACCGUGUCUGAGUCUUAAGCCUCGGCAACACCGUGUUCGAAAGUGUUAGGCCUCGACCACAACUUGUCUGAAUCUUAUGCGUUAGUGGCACCUCGUUUAAAAGUCUUAGUGGCCUCUGAAACCAACGACUAACUAUAUUUAAGGUUAGGUUCACAUUUGUUUUCUUGUAUCAAAAGCUGGCAUGAGGCGUAUCGUACAUAGGUAUGUAACUUCCGCUUAAACUUUCUACAUACCUAUCAAUUUAUCACAACCGACAGAGACGUCAGAGACGCUAAUAAUUAGAGUGAAAGCUACUUAUUGUUAAUUAUCUUGUUCUAACAGAUAGCUGCGUCUCUAUCUCUCACGACAGUUGUGUCGUUCAUGUUGUUGCGUCUUUGUUUGUAGUCUCAAAACGCUCUUAGAUAUGAGGCCUAUCGAUUUGUUGUUGUUAUACUGCAAUUGUAUAUUUUAUAACCUGUAAGUCUUAAUUCGUAUGUUUCUCGCUGUAUUUCAAGCCUUACGCAUAUUGCUAUAAAGGCCAAAAUGCUACAACUCAAAAAAGAGCGAGCUGCUAGUGUUUUCUUCCGGUUGGUAAAGUAAAGGAACUUGCUCGAAGAACUUCGUACACUGACCCACCAUUUCCUAUAUUUAUCGCACGUGCAUCAUUAUAUCCUGCUCGCACAGUAGCAUUGACCGUCGGCGUCAUCGGUGUCGG